GAAAACACGGAAGAAUCAGUGUUGGAAAUCUCUCUUCAUAGACACUUACUCUGACGUAGGAAGAUACAUUGACCAUUAUGCUGCUAUUAAAAAGGCCUGGGAUGACCUCAAGAAGUAUUUGGAGCCCAGGUGUCCUCGGAUGGUUUUAUCUCUGAAAGAGGGCGCUCGCGAGGAAGACCUUGAUGCUGUGGAAGCUCAGAUUGGUUGUAAACUUCCCAAUGACUACCGGUGUUCAUAUCGAAUCCACAACGGGCAGAAGUUAGUGGUUCCUGGGUUGCUGGGAAGUAUGGCACUGUCAAAUCACUAUCGUUCUGAAGAUUUAUUAGAUGUCGAUACAGCUGCUGGGGGAUUCCAGCAGAGACAGGGACUAAAAUAUUGUCUCCCUUUAACUUUCUGCAUACAUACUGGUUUGAGUCAGUACAUAGCAGUCGAAGCUGCAGAGGGCCGAAACAAAAAUGAAGUUUUCUACCAAUGUCCAGACCAGAUGGCUCGGAAUCCAGCUGCUAUCGACAUGUUUAUCAUAGGUGCUACUUUUACUGACUGGUUUACCUCUUAUGUCAACAAUGUUGUAUCGGGUGGCUUCCCCAUCAUCAGAGACCAAAUUUUCAGGUACAUCCAUGAUCCAGAGUGCGUAGCAACCACUGGGGAUAUUACGGUUUCGGUUUCCACGUCGUUUCUGCCAGAACUCAGCUCUGUACACCCACCCCACUAUUUCUUCACAUACCGAAUAAGGAUUGAAAUGUCGAAGGAUGCGCUUCCUGAGAAGGCCUGUCAGUUGGACAGUCGCUACUGGAGGAUCACCAAUGCUAAAGGAGACGUGGAAGAGGUCCAAGGGCCUGGAGUGGUCGGUGAAUUUCCAAUCAUCAGUCCAGGUCGAGUAUAUGAAUACACAAGCUGUACCACAUUCUCCACAACAUCAGGCUAUAUGGAAGGAUAUUAUACCUUUCACUUCCUGUACUUUAAAGACAAGAUCUUUAACGUUGCCAUUCCCCGAUUCCACAUGGCAUGUCCAACAUUCAGGGUGUCUAUAGCCCGAUUGGAAAUGGGUCCUGAUGCAUAUGAAGAGAUGGAAGAGGAGGAGGAGGAGGAGGAGGAGGAGGAAGACGACGAUGAUGAUUCAGCAGAUAUGGAUGAAUCAGAUGAAGAUGAAGAGGAGGAGAGACGGAGGAGGGUCUUUGAUGUUCCCAUUCGCAGACGCCGCUGUUCACGCCUAUUUUAGCGCUUCUGCUGAUGGAAGCACUGGGAUGACUCUAGUCUGUUAAAUAGAUUUCUCAAUAAUGUAAAUAAUUGUGCUUGGCAUCUAGCAGGAAAAUAGCAUGAAAUAUUGUCCCAGCCCUGGGCGCUAUGUGAUGCUACUUUAGGAGUUGGAUUGGUUUGGUUUGCUUUGUGGUUUUGAGGUAGAGGAAACGGGAAUCUUUUUUUCUCUUCCAGGAGUCAAUGGAGAAACAGUUCUCUAGCUAAGGAACAGACAUAUCUUUGUUUAAAAAUAUUUUCUACUUAGAAAAAAUACAGAAAUGGAGAGGGGAUUGUUUAGAAUAGGGAUUUAAAAUGUAGUGGAUAUACCUACACAAGGAUAGAAAGAAACUGCAUAAGACUCCUCGCAGUUGUGUUAUUUAGAAAUGAGCAACAUUUGUAAUUCGGCCAAUCCAUUUAGCAAUCCUGAUAUUUUGUACUCACAGGAAACUAAUUUGACUAAAUUAGAGUGCCAAUGGCUUGUCCUUUCUUAGACAAUCUAUCCUUGAAUUUAAAGUCUUUAUCACAAAGACCUUGCAUUGAAAGUUUUCCUACUUGAAUUUAAUUUUAAAGUCUUCAAUAUGAUGACUUUGAAUGUAAGUUAAAGUCCUCACACUAUGACUUUUAUCAGAUUAUUUACUGAUGCAUCAUUUUUAAAUGUAUGUAGUUUGUAAAAGUAUGUAGUCUGUUUAUUAACAAAAGGUUCCUCACAAUGUCUCAUAUAGUCUAAAUUUGUAAAUACUCUUUCUGUUUUGUUUCUCCUUUAUACACUCAACUGUCUAACAUUGUGAUAAGUGACAUGAAUUUUAUGUUAGGAUUAAGGAUGUUUUCCUGAAACAUGGAAUUUUUUGGUAAUCAUAUAAUGGAGAGUUUGGAGUGAAAUCCUUCAAGUGUCAAAACUCACAUUUAAAAACAAAUGGGUUUCAAUUCUGUAUUUUGUAUAAUUGCCUAUUUUCCCAUAAACUAGUAUCAAAUAAGCCUCUGCACUAAAGAUGGAAGAGGGAACAAAUACUUGGUGGCCUGCAGCCAGAAGGCCCAUCCACAGUUAUCCCCUGGCUCUGACUACACUCUUUUGUGCUCCAUUGACCAUCUUCCCCAGGAAUGGUUCUUGUAGAAAAAACAGGAAGAGGGAGCUAAGCAAAGCUAAGCGGCUGCCAUCGGGACCAGGAAAGCAAACUUACCCUUUCAUGUUAACACAUGUCAGAAUGUUCUGAAACACUGUCAGUCAUUUUUCCUGCUUAUUUUUCAUAUAGAAGAGCGUCACUCACUGCACAAUGAUUUUUCAAUCAACAACAGACCAUGUAUGCACCAGAGGCCAGCGGCAGCUCAUUUAUCUUAUUUACAUUUGCCACAUCUCUUCAAUGCAUCAUU